AAGAUGAACCUGACAGGAACAUUAGCUCCUGAGCUUGGUGUACUCACCUAUGUGACUUACUUGGAUUUUAUGUGGAACAACAUAAGUGGCAGCAUACCAAAGCAGAUCGGCAACAUGACUUCUUUGCACCUCCUGUAUGUGAGAACUUAAUUUGUACUAGGUCCAGUGGAUAUGCUACGAUGCUAUAGAAUUUUUCACAGAUGAGCCUAUCUGCAGCCUUCUUUCGUUUUUCACUGAUAGUUAUACGCACUUCAAUUCAGUUCGAUAAAUUUCUCCUUCGUCUGUUACAGAGUAUUGAAUUAGGCAUGAUGACGGACGAAUCUAUAUAAGCAGGGGUGAUUAACUAUAUAUCUGGGAAGUACUGUUUAUUGUACAAAAACUGCUUUCAGCAUAUCCAUUUAUAUAAUCGGACAAACUUACGUCCAAUUGUCUGCUGUCAUGUUUCAUGUUUUCGGCUUGAUGUUGAUUAGGUUUAUUACUGCAUAGACUCAACUUCUCUCUUUAUUCAGAGAUACAGAAUAUCUAUGCGAGAUAAUUUCUUUUCAUCACAUGCCAGUUAACACUCUUAAUGGAACAGCGGAACGAGAUCUUCAGUAUGAAUAUAAUCUUGCCUGUCUUUUUAUUAAGUUUUUUGCUUUGACUUGACACGAUGGCGAUGUUCAAAAUUUUCUUGGAGAUGAAUGCAGUGUACUUGCUCAUAGAAGCUUCAUUAGUAUAUUCUUUCUGCGCAAUUAGCAAACAGGAAAUACUUUCUUUAUCAGAUGAAACUUGAUAAUAAUAUGCAAAAGCAACUUAUGGAGGCAAUAUUUAAUGCAGGCUUCUAAGUGGAAACAAUAUAUCAGGUCCUCUACCAGAUGAGCUCGGAUCCCUCCCCAAUAUAACAAAAUUUCAGCUGGACCUUAACCAAAUAUCAGGACCACUGCCCAGUUCAUUUGUAAAUUUGUCAAACGUUCAGCACUUUCACAUGAACAACAAUUCCAUCAGUGGCCAGAUUCCUCCUGAGCUCUAUAAACUACAGACUCUUAAACACUUCCUUUUGGAUAACAACAACUUGUCAGGUUAUCUCCCACCAGAGCUCCAUAUGAUGCCCAGUCUGACGAUUCUCCAACUGGACAACAACAACUUUGAGGGGAAUGGUAUCCCAAGUAAUUAUUCCAACAUGCCUAAACUCUUGAAAUUGAGUUUGAGAAACUGCAAUUUGGCAGGCGUUCUUCCUGAUUUUAGCACCAUCCCAGGUCUUCUUUACUUGGAUCUUAGCUCAAAUAACCUAAAUGGAAGCAUACCCACGAACAAGCUUUCUCCAAAUAUUACUACUAUUGAUCUCUCCCAAAAUCAGCUUAAUGGGACUAUUCCCUCAAAUUUUUCUGGUUUUGCCCAUCUUCAAAAACUGUAAGGAUCAUCUGGACUUUGAUUACAUAUUCUUGUUUUCCGUCAAACUCAUAGAAAAAUCCUAGUUUGAAGCUUUAAGCAGCUAUUCACUUCAUUUCAUCAAUUGAUGGUGCUAUAUCAUUUUUCUACAGAUGGAAGUAGUUACAUAAUGGACUUAGGAAUGAUGACUAUGUUUGUCUUUUGCAGAUCUCUUCACAACAAUUACUUGUCCGGUGAUGUUCCGACCAAUAUAUGGCAGAAUAUCAAUUUUCAAGCAACAACUAGACUUAA